AUGGCGUCGCGGGCAAACAAACGCUCCUUCCGCAACUACUCCCAACGCGACAAGAUGGCCCCAAUUCAAAACCUCCCCGUCGAGAUUCUCGUCUACGUUUAUGAAUGCCUCGAUGAUGUCGAUGACGUUCUUCAUCUCGCACGCAGUUGCAAAUACCUGAACUCCGUGUUCAACCCGUUGAAUACGCGCUUGAAGAUAUUCUCAACAAUCAUUCAACAUGCCCCUCAACAUGCGUACGACUUUGAACUCUGCGACCGCGUCCGGCUCUAUGGGGGGUUCUCAGAAAUAUUUUAUUCAAAAUAUCCGAUUCGCGAAGACCCCGAAGGCCGCAAACUGUUUUUCUCCAAUAACAUGGAUCUGGGGAAGUUGAGCAGAGAGUUACCAGCUGAAUCUGUCUGGAACGUGGUCUGCCGGUGGCAUGCGAUGCGCCUUCUUUUCAACCUUUAUUGCGACUCUUCUGUGCAGAGAUCAUAUUCCACCUCGGUGUACCCCAACGUGGCCCAUACAGGGUUGCCAGGCCUAGGAGCCCUGGCUCGUGAGGAGACCCUUCAAGUUCCGUCCCGGGCUUACAGCCUUGACUUCUGUGCCUUAGAUGCAGAGCAGAAGAAGCGGUCCUACCACCGAUUCUACAAAGCCCUUACCGCUCAUUGGGUCGCAGUUGAGGCGCUGUGGCUUACGGGAGUCCAGGUCUAUGAAACAGCAGAGCCUACGACCCUGUCUGGAUUCUGUGGAAACACAACCCAACCCGACCACUUGAAGAAAAGGUCGACAUUGUUGAAGUAG